AUGUAUGACGGCGUUCUGCGGCUGACACUGCCGGACGGUGUGGAAACAGUCGGGUUUGCAGAUGACCUGGUGGUUCUAGCUGCCGGGACAACACCACAGGAGGCAGCUACCUUGGCGGAAGAGGCCAUUUCAUUGAUCAGCUCGUGGAUGGAGGCACAUCAUCUUGAGCUUGCUCCGGCCAAGACCGAGCUGGUCAUGAUCUCCACCAUGCGAAGGGCAAACUCUCGUCACCCGGUCACCAUCAAUGGAGUGGAGAGAAUGCCGAAAGAGUCCAUCAAGUACCUGGGUGUCAUCCUACAGGACCACAUGGUGCGAGGGAAUCGCCGGAAGCUUACCAGGGUGCAGAACUUGUACGUGAGACCCGUUGCCCGCACGUUUAUAUCGGUUCGCUACGAGGUGGCAACGGUCCUGGCGGGCGUGGUUCCCAUCUGCCUCCAGGUAAAAGAAGAUGCCAGAUGCUACCGGAAGCAGCAGGAAACGGGCACUAGUCUCAAGGAGCUGCAUGUGCUGGAGAGGCAGGCCACUCUAGCUGAGUGGCAAACGAUGUGGGACGAGCUGGAGCCAACCAGCAGAUACACGCGGUGGACACACAGGGUCGUACCGGAUAUCGGGCUGUGGAAGGCCAGACGUCAUGACGACAUGCCGUUCUACCUUGCGCAGGUGUUAUCCGGGCAUGGCUUCUUCCAUGAGUAUCUGCACUCGCGUCACCUGGCGCCCUCGGCGGAGUGUAGAAGGUGUCCGGGAGUGCCGGAGUCGGCAGAGCAUGCCUUUUUCCAGUGCCCACGCUUCGCGGACGUGCGACAAGGGUUGCUCGGGGAGGACAGCGAAUUUCCUGCUACGGCGGACACGUUCCAGGCGCUCCUGCUUAGUAGCCGAGAAAGGUGGAGCGACGCAUGUGUAGCUGCCAAAAUCAUUACCACCACACUACAGCAGGAGUGGUACAUCGAGCGGGCCACGAGUGCAAAUGAUGGAAUGGUGGCAGCGGUGCAGCGUCUUGACGCGGCUCACGAAGCGGCAGUGGCGGCACGAAACGAGCGGCGGAAUGAAGCGCGUCGAGCGCUUACACGAGAACGACAGGCCGCGCGAGGGGCACCUCCACCGGCAGUACAUCCGGAUGGCCGACUGCUAUCCUCGGAAGAGCUAGCGGAGAGGGAUGCACAUCGGCUUAGGACGCGGGAUAAUGUGAGGCGUCACAGAGCUAGACAUCGGCUAGCGAACGCGGAAGCACCAGACUGCCUGGAUUACCUCUGGGCACUGUUUGGUGUGGAAGCAUUCCAAGAGGAGGACGAGCCUAGCGGGCACUAG